GUAAAAAAUACCGUGGUUUUGGCAAUGGUAUAGAUUUGAUACGCUUGAAUCUACAUUAAAAAUAGAAGUAACAAUGCUACUCUCAAUGAUAUCGACUCUAUUCCAUUCUACUCCAGAUGCCAAGUGCCAAUACUGGUACUUAAAACAGGUUUUUAAAAUAAUUGCUUACUAAAAAUUACUAUUAUUAGAUCUUAGAGUUUUGUAUCUUUCUUUCAAUUGGAAUUACUUCUUAGCCUUUACUCUUGCCAAUUCUGUUGAUUAUUCCCAAAACUAAGUAGAGGCAAGGAUUUUUUUUUUUUUUCUUGGAUUAGACUGAGUUCACUUUUACAAAUUUGUAAAAAUGCCACCGGCACCUCCUCCUCCUCCCGCUCCAGCACCUGCUGCAGCUGCACCGGCACCUCCUCCUGCAACAAAGGAUCGGUCUGCUUUACUAGGUUCCAUUCAAAAAGGAACUAAAUUGAAAAAGGCAGUAACAAAUGAUCGGUCUGCUCCUCUUAUUGGCGGUGGUGGUGUUGUUGGAGACGCAUCAAAGGUAUCCUCUGGUUCUGGUAAACCAUCAGGCGCACCUCCCGUGCCUAAUUCUGGUUCCACUGUAUCGAACGAACCCGCUGUUCCUGCUGGUGCUCCUAAUUUGGGAGGCCUCUUUGCACAAGGAAUGCCAAAGCUUCGAAAAGUAGGAAACACUUCGUCAAGUGCUUCCCCACCACAGCCUCCGAAAUCACCUACACCUAUGUCUCCUCCUCCUCCUCCUCCUACAUCUUCAGCACCUCCUGUUCCUCCUUCAGUACCUUCUAUUCCCUCUGCUUCUGCUUCUGCUCCUCGUCUUCCUUCUUCAUUGCCCCAAAAAAUACCGUCUUCUCCCAGUCCUUCGAACAUGCCUUCUUCACCUCCUCCGCCUGCACCAUCAAAAGCGCCUCCUUUGCCUCCUCAGCCAGCUCCAUCAAUAAGUUCGCAAUUUCCUAAAAGUUCACGAGUCUCAUCAGGAAAUUCACAGACUCUUCCUCCUCCACCACCACCACCGAGUCAUCCUCCUUCAUCACCAAUUCCUGCUUCUUCUUAUACUCUACAACAACGUUCGAAUAAAGUUGAUGAUCACGGAAGGUUUCAGUUUAAAGAUGAUAGUUAUCUACCUCAACCACGACGAUUUAGAGGAAUCCCAAAGAUUUAUCGGGGAAGUACUGGGUCAACAGUACCGCUCAGACUUGCUUAGAUUACACAAUGCUAAAAAUUACGCUGUAUUUACGAUUGCUAAUAAUAUAGACCAUAAAGCCUUUGUUUAUGAAUUGAUUUAUAAGAUACAUGAUAUGUUUUUUGUCUGGUAGAUAACAAACUCCAAAAAAAGAAUUAAAAUUAAUUAGCAAACCCCGUAAAAAAUUAAAUGACC